CUGGGCCUGGGCCUGGGCCCGGCGGGGCCUUGCGGCGGCCGGCCGGGGCCGGGCCGCGGAGCCGCCAUGAAGCCGAGCGGAGAGGAGCCGGUGCUUCUGGCCGAGCUGAAGCCGGGCCGCCCCCAGCGCUACGACUGGAAAUCCAGCUGCGAGACAUGGAGCGUGGCCUUCUCCCCCGACGGCGCCUGGUUCGCCUGGUCGCAGGGACACUGCGUGGUCAAGCUGAUCCCCUGGCCCCUGGGGGAGGCCGAGCUCUGCAAAACCUCGGAGCGCAAGGGCCGGGGAGGCAAAGGGGAGGCCAGGGGCCGUGGGGCGGCCAAGGAGAAGACGCUGGAGUGCGGGCAGAUCGUGUGGGGCCUGGCCUUCAGCGCCUGGCCGGCGGCCGGGGAGACGGAGCCCGCCUGCGCCGUGGCUCUUCCCUGCCUGAUCCUGGCCACCGGCCUCAACGACGGGCAGAUCAAGGUCUGGGAGGUGCAGACAGGACACCUCCUCUUCAGCCUCUUGGGACACCAGGACGUGGUCAGAGACCUGAGCUUCGCUCCCAAUGGAAGCCUCAUCCUUGUGUCAGCCUCGCGGGACAAGACCUUGCGUGUCUGGGACCUGAGCAGAGAUGGGCGGCAGGUCCAGGUGCUGUCAGGCCACGUGCAGUGGGUCUACUGCUGCUCCAUCUCCCCGGACUGCAGCAUGCUCUGCUCCGCUGCCGGAGAGAAGUCGGCGCUGCUGUGGAGCAUGCGAUCCUACACCCUCAUCCGGAGGCUGGAGGGGCACCAGAGCAGCGUGGUGUCCUGUGACUUCUCACCAGACUCGGCCCUCCUCGUCACCGCCUCCUACGACGCCUGUGUCAUCAUGUGGGACCCCUACACCGGGGAGCAGCUGAGGACACUGCGCCACGUCCCCUUGCACUCGGCGCUGGACUACAGCGGCGAAGUCCACACCAGCUCCCUGCGCUCCGUCUGCUUCUCCCCUGAGGGCCUCUACCUGGCCACGGUGGCAGAUGACAGGCUCCUGAGGAUCUGGGCCUUGGAGCUGCGGUCCCCGGUGGCGUUUGCUCCCAUGACCAACGGCUUGUGCUGCAUGUACUUCCCACAUGGCGGUUUCAUCGCCACAGGGACCAGAGACGGCCACGUCCAAUUCUGGACCGCCCCCAGGGUCCUCUCGUCGCUGAAGCACUUGUGUCGCAAAGCUCUGCGCACCUUCCUCACCACCUACCAGGUCCUGGCACUCCCCAUUCCCAGGAAGCUGAAGGAAUUCCUCACUUACCGGACCUUUUAAAGCAGGAGCAGAGGGAUGGAGGCAAAAGCCCCCUCCCUGGUGGCAGGGCUGGGCCUGGGUCGGAGGAGGCACCGCAGCAACGACGACGUCUCGCUGAUUCGUGAGCCGUGGGGCAGGAGCAUCCCUACUCCCCCUCUUUCGGGACCGUGUCUGAACGUGGAGGGAUUUGUUUGGGGGUUUUGGUUGGUUGUUGGUUUUUUUUUUGUGUAAUAAUACUAGAACCCAGCAAAAAAGCAUGCGGAGGGGCAAGGGGCACAGCGGGUCCCCCUGCUAUCUGCAAGUUUUGGGUCAGGUGCUUUUAGCUUCCAAGUGCAAUGUUGUGAGUUGAAGGUUUGCAGCCGCAGCCCGAGCGGAGCUUUGUACGAAUACGGGGCUACAACUGUCCCCCCCCCCAAAAAAAAACCCCCCAUCCUCACGGGGAUGGGCUCAUGCUGUAGCUUUAGUUCCUGGGGAGGUGCGGGCUCUGCCGCUCUGGGCACGAGCUGGACAGACCCCAGUGGGUCUCCACGGACUAGACGACAGCGAUGACAGAAUAAAAACAAAAAAUCACGAUUCCUCA